CUGUCUUCCUCGGUGAAAUCGCUUCGGGUCUUCCGCUGCUCCGCUCAGCUCAUCUCAACCCUCUCGCGAUCAUGUCAGGAAGGACGAGCAAUCGAUCGAUGCAAGCAUCAUCAUCCGAAAUUGUCCACAAACGAGAAAAGCUGGAAUUAGACCUUCCUCCAGAGCUUUUAGAAAAAAUCAUGUCUUCGUUAUGCUCUGGGGACAGAGCUCGAGCUAGCUGUGUGUGUCGAAAAUGGCGAGACAUAGCAAAGUCUCACAAAAAGACAAACCGGCCUCCGAUGAAUGUGCGUAUCCGAACAAAUGAUGAUUUUUUUGAUAUCUGCGACCUUUCUCGCUGCCUAUCAAAUAUGAUCAUGUCUCCUAAUCGACUUCGAGGCAUAGUCAGUUACGCCAAGGAUGGUUGGAUGUUGUUCUAUGAUGAUGAUGAUGCCCACGUGAUUAAUUUCUACAAUCCUCAAUCAAAUGAGCAUUUUGAACUUCCCAAGAUGCUACAUUUUUCGAUCCGUAUGGCUGCAUUCUCAGCCCCUCCAACGUCACCAAACUGCACGGUAUUUUUGCUGCCCCGUACUAUCACGGCUGGAUCUCCUCCUGAUGUCAUUAUUUGGCGCCCGGGAGACACGGGGUGGACUAAUGUUGAGUACGAUACCAAACAUCCAUCCAUCACCUCCAAUUGGAUGAGCAUCGUGGCUCACAAUGGCAACUUUUAUUGUAUGAACAUCCAUGGCUAUAUCGGGGAGUAUGAUCCAGGAAAAUGUGGUUGGAGGGCUCUUCCCUACGAGUCCCUCGGAUGCGCUCGAUAUGUCCCCUUGUGUCGGUGGAGGAAAAGCAUGUUCUUGGCAAUGUAUGAUGCCAAAUUCUUUCUAGUGCGCACUUGGGGUGUGGCGCAACCCCACGUCUACAAGUCGGAUGGAAUCAGCUGCACGUGGAAGAAGGUAAGCCACUUAGACGGGAUGACCUUUUUCGCGAGCGCCACGACAUCCCUCAUCCGGGAUGAUCUCCCCGAUGUGAUGAAGAAUUGUAUUUAUUUCCCCGAGCGUGUGGACAAUGGGAGGCACUGCCUUGUCUAUUCCAUGAAACUCAAGAAGUUCUAUAGGGAAUCGCAAAGGUUGAAGCAGUUGAAUAUGGAAUUUCUCGGCGAUGUAUGGAUGGACCUCGGCGGCGAAGAAGUCCCGGAGAUGAAAGAAAGGGACGACAUUGACCGUAUGAAUAGGGAUGUGGCGGCAGCAUUCGAGCGGAUGCAUAUUAAAGCAUUUGGAUCAAAGCUCGUUGCUUAG